AGGCCAGUAAAGAGUGAGUCCAGAAAACUACAACUCCCGGUAUGCUCCAGGGUGGCGAGCGGCCGCAGCAGUGACGACUGUGGCGGAGAAGGCCCGGAGGGGCUCUGCGUUCUGGAGUGGCGCUGCUUGGUCCGGCGGCUGGGUGAGGGCUGCUGGUGUCGCGUUUAAGGAGAACUGCGAGUCUGUUUGGCAUAUCCCCGUCGGGAUCCCAGCUACGAUGAGUUCUGCCCGGGAGUCUCACCCGCACGGGGUGAAACGUUCAGCCUCCCCCGACGACGAUCUUGGAUCUAGCAAUUGGGAGGCAGCAGACUUGGGCAAUGAAGAAAGAAAACAAAAGUUCUUGAGACUUAUGGGUGCGGGAAAGAAGGAACACACUGGUCGUCUUGUUAUAGGAGAUCACAAAUCAACAUCUCACUUCCGAACAGGGGAAGAAGACAAGAAGAUUAAUGAGGAGCUGGAGUCUCAGUACCAGCAGAGCAUGGACAGCAAGCUGUCAGGACGGUACCGGCGGCACUGCGGGCUCGGCUUCAGUGAGGUAGAUCAUGACGGGGAAGGCGAUGUGGCUGGAGAUGACGACGGUGAGGACGACUCUCCUGAUGCUGAAAGUCCAGAUGACUCAGACAGUGACUCUGAGUCUGAGAAGGAGGAGUCUGCGGAAGAGCUUCAUGCUGCUCAUCCCGAUGACACAGAAGACCCGAAGAGCAAAAAAGAUGCAAAGAGCAAUUAUAAGAUGAUGUUUGUCAAGUCCAGUGGCUCAUAACUACCAAACACUUAGUCUUUGUAUUAAAAGUAAGCCUUAUUGUUAUAAUGCACAGUGGAGGACUGCUUACAGAGCACAGACCUUUGUAUUAUAAUUUUUAAAAAGGCCCUUUUAAAUAACUACAAAGAGUGUUUGCUUUCAAAUGCCGUGGGUUACAUUUCUCUGGGCAUGACUAUAACCAUUUUUGUAAAGAGUCAGAGUUGUAUAAAAUGAAAAAUAAAUACUGUACUCAGCUUCCUCUCAUAUUAGCAUCAUCUGCCCUCUCCCACCGGUUGCCCCUGUAGGUGCAUUAUGGGGGACGCUUGCUUUGUCUGUGGUAGCUCUCUCAUCGUCAUCUUUUGGUUUGUUGCUAUUUUUCUCUUACGUAAUUCAUUUGAUACUGUGACGAGUUCCCUUGAUUAUACUUUGUUAAAGUAGACCUGUCCAUCAUGGAUUUGGCUGCCAGCAGCCACGCUGCAGACCAUCGUUGACAGUCCAUGCUUGUUUAGUCUCUGCUCUCAGACCACAGCAAGCAUAGGACACUGGUGUGUGGAAGUGCCCUGUCACAUCAUUCAAAGGUUGCAAACCCAAAAAGUCUUUAUAUAAUUUGAUUUCACUGUAUGGUAAAGUUUUGAUAAAAUUUGGCCAGUUUUUACAGAAGAAAUUAUUUCUCUGCUCAUUUAGUCCUGUGUAUUUAGAAAUAUGUAAAACUGGAUUUUUUUUAAGGUACUAUGUGACCAAAGUUCAUUUUUCCUUCUAAGGUCUAAAUAAAGAGAAAGCAGUUUCCCAUAUUUGGCUGUGAUGCCUUUAUCCUCAUUGUCUGUAAUGGGGAACAGGCUUUCUGAGUGAGAAGUAGGAAA